AAAUUAGUCAUUUGUUGUACCGUCUUCUUCUUCACAGCAACAUUUCAUCCUUUUACAAUCAAACCAAAACACCCAAAAUGGCCGACGGAGUUCUCUCUAACGUUGUCGGAGAUAUCAUUACCAAGCUGGGUUCUCGAGCCCUUCAUGAGAUCGGAUUGUGGUGGGGCGUCAAAGGUGAGCUUAAGAAACUUGAGGCCACAGUUUCUAGUAUUCGCAACGUUCUUCUGGAUGCUGAGGAGCAGCAGAAACUUAACCGUCAAGUGAAAUGCUGGCUUGAGAGGCUAGAAGAAGUGGUUUAUGAUGCUGAUGAUUUGGUAGAUGACUUCGCCACAGAAGCCCUAAGGCGCCGAGUGAUGACUGGAAAUAGAAUGACAAAGGAGGUAAGUCUCUUCUUUUCGUCUUCAAAUAAACUUGUUUAUGGUUUUAAAAUGGGUCAUAAAGUUAAGGCGAUUAGGGAGAGGCUAGCUGAUAUUGAAGCUGACAGAAAAUUUAAUUUAGAGGUUCGUACUGAUCAGGAGAGUAUUGUAUGGAGGGAUCAAACUACGUCCUCUUUACCUGAAGUGGUUAUUGGGAGAGAGGGUGACAAAAAGGCAAUUACACAACUUGUAUUGUCUUCCAAUGGUGAAGAGUGUGUUUCAGUCCUCUCAAUUGUUGGAAUUGGAGGAUUAGGGAAGACCACUCUUGCUCAAAUCAUAUUGAAUGAUGAAAUGAUUAAGAAUUCAUUUGAGCCAAGAAUAUGGGUGUGUGUUUCAGAACCUUUUGAUGUGAAAAUGACUGUUGGAAAGAUUCUAGAGUCUGCAACAGGGAAUAAAUCGGAAGAUCUUGGGUUAGAAGCAUUGAAGUCUAGACUGGAAAAAAUUAUUAGUGGGAAGAAAUAUCUGCUUGUUCUAGAUGAUGUGUGGAAUGAGAAUAGAGAAAAAUGGCAGAAUUUAAAGAGAUUAUUAGUGGGUGGCUCUAGUGGAAGUAAGAUAUUAAUAACCACUCGCUCUAAAAAGGUGGCAGAUAUAUCUGGCACAACAGCACCACAUGUUUUGGAAGGGUUGUCUCUGGAUGAGUCUUGGUCUUUGUUUUUGCAUGUAGCACUUAAGGGGCAGGAGCCAAAACAUGCAAAUGUAAGAGAGAUGGGAAAGGAGAUUUUGAAGAAAUGUCAUGGAGUUCCACUUGCAAUAAAAACUAUAGCAAGUCUCUUGUAUGCGAAAAAUCCAGAAACUGAGUGGUUGCCCUUUUUAACAAAAGAACUCUCAAGAAUAAGUCAAGAUGGUAAUGAUAUUAUGCCAACACUGAAGCUAAGUUAUGAUCAUCUCCCAUCACAUUUGAAGCAUUGUUUUGCAUAUUGCGCAAUAUAUCCAAAAGAUUAUGUGAUUGAUGUGAAAACAUUAAUCCAUCUUUGGAUUGCACAAGGGUUUAUUGAAUCACCAAGUACGAGUGAUUGUCUUGAAGAUAUUGGGCUUGAAUAUUUUAUGAAACUGUGGUGGAGGUCAUUUUUUCAAGAGGUGGAAAGAGAUAGAUGUGGAAAUGUAGAAAGCUGUAAAAUGCAUGAUUUAAUGCACGAUCUCGCAACCACAGUGGGUGGAAAGAGGAUUCAGCUAGUAAAUUCUGAUGCACCAAAUAUUGAUGAGAAAACCCAUCAUGUAGCAUUGAAUUUAGUUGUUGCACCACAAGAAAUUCUUAACAAUGCAAAAAGAGUACGAUCGAUUCUUUUGUCUGAGGAACAUAAUGUCGAUCAGCUAUUUAUUUAUAAAAAUUUAAAAUUUUUGCGUGUAUUUACUAUGCAUUCAUAUAGAAUAAUGGAUAAUUCUAUAAAAAUGCUAAAAUAUCUAAGAUAUCUUGACGUUUCCGAUAACGAGAAACUUAAAGCACUUUCAAAUUCUAUUACGGAUUUGCUGAAUUUACAAGUAUUAGAUGUCUCUUAUUGUGACGAGCUCAAAGAAUUGCCUAAAGAUAUUAAAAAGCUUGUGAAUCUUAGGCAUUUAUAUUGUGAAGGUUGUAACUCUUUGACUCAUAUGCCACGUGGGCUUGGGCAGUUGACUUCACUUCAGACGUUGUCACUGUUCGUAGUGGGAAAAGGGCAUAUUUCCUCAAAGGAUGUUGGAAAAAUAAAUGAAUUGAAUAAGCUUAACAAUUUGAGGGGACGUCUUGAAAUUAGAAAUCUGGGAUGUGUGGAUGAUGAGAUUGUAAAUGUUAAUUUGAAAGAGAAGCCACUCCUUCAAUCAUUGAAACUACGUUGGGAGGAGAGUUGGGAAGAUUCAAAUGUUGAUAGAGAUGAAAUGGCAUUCCAAAAUCUCCAACCACAUCCCAAUCUUAAAGAGUUACUUGUGUUUGGCUAUGGAGGCAGGAGGUUCCCAAGUUGGUUCUCUUCCCUCACGAAUCUUGUCUAUCUCUGUAUAUGGAAUUGCAAGAGAUAUCAGCAUCUCCCACCAAUGGAUCAAAUCCCUUCUCUUCAAUAUCUAGAGAUUUGGGGAGUAGAUGAUUUAGAAUACAUGGAGAUUGAGGGACAACCAACAUCAUUCUUUCCAUCCCUAAAGACUCUCGUGCUAUAUGGUUGUCCUAAGCUUAAAGGAUGGCAGAAGAAGAAGGAGGAUGAUUCGACAGCUCUUGAGCUACUCCAAUUUCCUUGUCUUUCAUAUUUCGUUUGUGAGGACUGCCCUAAUUUGAAGUCCAUCCCUCAGUUUCCAUCUCUCGAUGAUUCACUACAUUUGCUGCACGCAAGCCCACAACUUGUGCACCAAAUAUUCACACCAUCAAUCUCUUCUUCUUCCUCAAUCAUUCCUCCUCUCUCUAAAUUGAAGAACCUUUGGAUUAGGGACAUUAAAGAGCUCGAAUCUCUACCUCCAGAUGGACUGCGGAAUCUCACUUGUCUUCAAAGACUAACCAUUGAGAUUUGUCCGGCAAUAAAGUGUCUGCCUCAAGAGAUGCGUUCCCUCACCUCGUUACGAGAAUUGGAUAUCGAUGACUGUCCCCAAUUGAAGGAAAGAUGUGGAAAUAGAAAGGGUGCGGAUUGGGCUUUCAUUUCUCACAUCCCAAAUAUUGAAGUUGAUAACCAAAGAAUUCAAAGAGAGGGCCGCUAUCUACUGGAUGAUGAAGCUUCGAUCAAUGAAGGAUAAGUUUUGAAGUGUUGGAUGUGUUUCUUCCAAAAUGAGCAGUGUAUUACCUUUGAGUUGCUCAUCAAGCUAGAGGAAUCAUUUUUUUCUUUUUUUACUCACCUGAAAUUCUAAUAAAUUGGGAUGUGGGAAACAAAUUCAAAGAGAUUUUAAAUGCAUUGGCAGGUCAUUCUUUUAACCAUCAUUUUUAUUCAUUUUUUAAUGUAAUUCUGCCUUCAUUCUUUUCAUGGAUAUAACGGAUUAAUUUUGACUCUAUGUGCAGAAGUUAGUAGACUUCGUGGAAAAGAUGUUAUUGCUGCAGUUAGUUUGAUUAGUCUUCUAAAUUAGGAUGAGAAUUGAUUGUGCUGAAUGUGAUUGUCAUAUGUCAAUUUCUCUUCACAUGCACCAUUCCUUUGUAAAUUAAAUCAGCAGCAUUUCUUAAUUAUUUGGUAUUUAUUCAAGUUUUUUCAAUGUCAAAUGCAGAGGUGGAAAAAACCAUUUAUUCUGAAAACAAAAAUGUGAUUUCUGGGUAAACAUCAUAUUUCUCCCACACAAGGAGAUUUCUGGGUGCAUAUGUUCUUGGCGAGUGGAUAUGCAUUUUGAAUAAUUUUAACUGGACUUUCAUUUCUCCAUCAAGGCUCAUCAAGUAUGAGUUAUCAUUGGGAUGCUAUUGAAAUUCUGGGAUGCUGUUGAAAUUCUUACUACAUUGGGAAGUGGUGAACCAAAGCAAAGGCUUGCCGAAAUCAUGCAUUGGCAGAAGUUACUCGAACACAUUAAGAAACCACAACUACAUGCCAUGGCAGCAAUUCCUUGAUUGGCUUGGCAUAAUUCGCCUUGAAAGAACUGCUAUUAAUGUGUGUGGCCUUCCAUAGAAGAAUUUCUACUUAUUGGAUGACUUCUUUGGGUCUGUUGCCAGAAGAUUCGCGCAAAGUAUUUGUGCAGUAAAAACAAAACGUGAGCUCUCCUUUUCUUCUGUCUUCGCAAAUAAGCGAUUCAAUGCUUAAUCACUAGUGUGAAAAUCCUCCAUCUAGCAACUAUCUUCAUAACUUACACCUGUGGCAAAGAUGAUGGAGAUUCACUAAGCUGCGCAUUGUGCCCUUGACAUCCCGGAAUAAAAACUCACCGGGAUAAGUUUCCUAUCUGUCUCAGUACAUAGUAAUCCUGCUGAGCGGGAAGCAGAAAGAAAGCUGAAUGAUGGGAGUUUUGCACACUUCUUCGAAUGACUUUUUGCAGGCCUGCGUAUUUCAGGAUCUAGAUUCGCACUCAAGACCUCUGUUUCGAUCAUCCAACAUGCAAUGCCCAGACUCAUGCUGUGCUGCUUUUUGGUUUCUAAUUUCUCUUAUUUUAAGUAGUUUUGCUACUAUGCUAAUCAUUUGUUCAUUCAAUGCAAAUAACAUUAUUUUCCUUUUU